AUGACCCAUGUGGAUGCUCUAAGCAGGGACUUAAUCCAAGAUACUAUCGAACUAUCGCAGAUAGAUAUUACUGAAGGUGAAUGGCUGCUGGCUGUACAAAUGCAAGACGAGCAAUUUGUGAUAGUAGAAGCAGUGAAAGACACUCGAGCGCGUUAUGUGACGAAAACCCUUUUGAACUAUAUGUACAUAUUCGGGUCUUCAACGAGGAUUAUAAGUGAUCGGGGUACUGCUUUUACUUCGCGCACAUUUAAAUUAUUUUGUGACAAUUACGGUGCGAAGCAUACGUUAAACGCAGUAGCCACUCCGCGGUCAAACGGUCAGUGUGAACGCGGGAAAUCCAGAAGAUCGUUGGGACGAGCAUGUGAAGCCGAUUCAGUGUGCGUUGUGCAGAGUACUGGGGUGUCGCCACUUGAGGCAUUGGCAGGAUUUAAGCCUCGGCAUAUAUCUGAGUCUUAUAUCCUUAACGAAGUACAAGCCGAUUUAAGUCGGGUAGAUAUUCAUACACUACGCCAGACGAUAUCAGGACGUAUUUCUGAGGAUCAGAGACGUCAGAAGGAACGUUUUGAUAAGAAACGUGCUGAAGCGACAAAGUAUGAAGAAGGUCAGCUCGUGCGAAUCAAUAAUGCUCUAACAGCUACAGGUGGAAGCAAGAAGUUACUCCCAAGGUUCAAGGGACCGUUCAGGGUGUUCAAGGUGCUUCCCAAUGAUCGGUAUGAAGUGGAGGAUCUACGGGAAAGUUUUAGUCAGAAACGGACUGUGGUGGCAGUCGACAGCAUGAAACCCUGGAUAGUACUAAAAGGUUAG